GAUGGAGAUCUCCUGUAAAUGCUCCUGUCGCCAGUGAGUGUGUGCUGUGUGUAUGUGCGUGCGCGUGUGUACGCGUGUGUCUCUCUAGCAAGGACCGGAGCCGGGCUCGCGCAUGUGCGCGCCUGUGCGUGUAUGUGUGUGUGUGUGUGUGCCUGCUUGUGUGUGUGCGUGUGUGUGUGUGUGUGUACUCUGCCUUUCGCUGACACCUAAAGAGAAAAGGAACCAGCACCUGAUUCUCACUGGAGACUUUUGAGGCAUUUUGCUUCAAGCUGAAGCAGGGGACCUGCGGGAAUGAUAGCAGUGCUGCUGUAGCCCUUCCUCAUGUCUGGACCAUGGAGGAGGCCCCCGGACAGAGACUGAGAGGCUCCCCCCCCCUGUAAAGGACACAUACUGGGAGAACUGGGGAGCACCAGUUCCACCCGCUCUGCCCGCAAAUUGCUUUUUGAGGAACCAUGGUGAGCAGGGAGGCCGGCAAAUGCAUGCUCACCAACUCGGAGUCAGACUCAGAAGCGGCGCCCUCUCUGGCCUCGGAGGAGAAGUACACCCUGGACCCCAGCAGGCAGGUGCGCAAGAGGAACAAGGCCCUGCAAGUGCGGUUCAAGGACAUCUGCGAGGCGCAGAACGAGCAGAGGGAAGCGGCCAGGCUGGCGGGAGGGAAGGGCGGCAGACCCGUCUCCUACAAAAUGGCGUACCGCAAGUACAUGACCGUCCCCGCUCGCCGCUCAAUCCCAAACGUCACCCGGAGCACCGGCGUGCAGACGUCCCCAGACCUUAAAACGCGAUACCAGACGUUCCCCUUCGAGCGCAAGAAGGGACACACCGUCAAGCAUACCGCAGCGGUGGAAAACUUCAAGGGACAAAACAACGGCUUCCCCAUGGAUGAUGCCUCUGGGACGAGGGACGGAGGGAGCUUGGGGGGCUCGGCCCAGUGCGUGGGCAAGGUCAGCCACCAGACUCGAGCGCUGUUCCAUGCCAUGGACUGCACCGACGCGGCCGAGGAUCUCCUGGCUGCCAACUGCUCGGACGGUGCCUCACGCGUGGAGUCAUCGCUGGUCAGCUGCUCCGAGGACUCCCGACGAUUCCCGAGCACGUCCGACUCCAGCCUCGACGUGGACUUCCAGGAACGCCACAAAGAACUGUUCCCCCAGGGGGAAGGGGACAUGGACCCUCUUUCCAGACGCCAGCUUCGAGACUUCAAAGAGGCGUCAUCCAGGUCUCUGGAGGACGCGGUGUCGAAGGUGACCGGACCCAUCGCCUGGAACUCGCUCACGCAGGUGGAGUGCUUGGAGAGCCCUUCCUUGCGCAGCAAACGCAGGCAGGCUCUGGAGCUGAACGGGCUGCAGCCACGGCUUACGCAAACUCAGAGCCUGCCGCGAGCUGGCUGCUCCACACAGCCGCAGUGCCACUCCCGUCCUCCAGGGGCGACUGAGGACACGGGGCCCGGUCCCGGGGGUACAGCGGCCGCGGGCGAAACCUGCAAGCAGAUAGUGGCUGUCACUCAGGACGGGGACAUGAAGGCACAGCUGCAGGUGAUGGAAACUCUGAUCAGCUCCAGUCAGGAGACUAUAAAAGUUCUGCUGGGAGUCAUUCAGGAGCUGGAGAAGGGAGAGGCACAGAGAGAAGGGCUCACCUACCGAACAGGACAGGACACAGACAACUGUGACACAUGUCGAAACAGCGCGUGCAUUAUUUACAGUGUGGAGCUGGACUUUAAGCAGCAGGAGGACAAGCUUCAGCCUCUAAUGAAGAGACUCUGCCCUACGGACGAUCUACCCUUCCCCUCCCUGCCGUACCCUCAAGAGGCGUUCACCUCCACCCCAAAACGCAAGUCCAAAACAGAGUCAAAGAAGCACGCCCGCUGGAAACUCUGGUUUCUAUGAAAGUCUGGCUUUUUUUCGUUCUUUUGUUUGUUUCUGAUGUGGGGAGGAGCCGUUCCAAGAUGGAUACCAGUUACCGAGGAUUUUGUCACAAAGCAAAAGUUACAAACCUAUGGUUUGGCAAAAAAAAAAAAAAGUUAUAAUAACCUGUUAUGUUUAUCAAGAAAUUGAAAAAAACUGAACAAAUUUCAAGUUUGGAAUUACAUCGUGGCAAUGGAUUUACUUCUUUUUUCUUUUUUUGAAAAACAAUUUUUAGAGUAUACAGUAAAUAUUCUACACAGUGGAACAAUGUUACAUUGUGUAACAAUGUUUUACACAGUGUAACAAUGCAACAGUGUCACUUUUUAUUCACUUUGGCACUGUCUUUUUCUGCCUGUUUUUUUGGUCUCUUUUUUGAUUUUCCAAGUGAUGGCCAUGGUGUGGAAUAAUCUUUCUGGAAUAGAGGAAGAACCAGAAACUGUGUGGAACACAUAUUUCACUAUGGAUUACUACAACAGCAUAUCAACUUAUAGGCAAAGCACAAGCGACUUUAUUUAAUGGCUGAUCUACGAGAGUAUAAACACAGAGUAUAAAUGUAUAAGCAUAUACAUACAAACCCAUACACUAUUAUCCUGUGAAAUUAUAAAAUAUAUAAAAACAGGGAUGUAUCCUGGCUCUUCUGGCCCUCUCUGAACAUUUUUAGUUUUUUUGGAGUGAAAAAUAUGAAAAUAGAAAUGGUGGAAAAUGAUUAUCACCGGGUUAUGACAGGCAGUGGCAUAACCAUUUAUUGGAUACAAACUGAAACUAAACAGCUCUGUUUCCAUAGCUACCAGUUUCUUUUUUGGUUACUGCAGAGUAGUUAUGCCACAGUCUGGCAUAACCCCAUUUUAAUUUAGCACUAUGAUUUGAACUGGGAAGUAUUGUAGCUCUACACAAGCUGUUUUCACAGUUACCAACUGUAAUAUACAAAAUAAUGAAUACAAAAAUUGCUAUUUUUCUAUAGAUAUUUAUUACAUUAUGCACCUCCUUGUAAUUUUCUAAAAAAUUUAAAGUAUGUAUAAAGGGAUAAAUAACUGAACUAUCACUUAGGGCCAGUAUCACGGACACAGAUUAAGCUUAGUCAUGGACUAAACCGAGUUUUCUAUGGAGAAUUUCCAUUCAAUAAUGAAUUUAGUCUUGGACUAGGCUUAAUCUGUGUCUGUCAAUCUGGCUCUUAAAGGCUCAUCAGUUGAUUAGGCUCUU